AUGGUGCUGGAGAUCUCAAGCACAAGGUUAAGUGACAGGGUACUGCUUGUACAUGGAGACAACACCGUCUGCUCAUGGAUAGACGCUCUGAAGGUGCUUGAGAAGCUGAAGGCCGUUGAAUGCCAACUGCAGUCUCUGUUGUUUGUGAUCAAAGACAGCGAAGUGAAGGAUGAAAUUUUGCAGCAGAUUGAGUUCAGCAUGAUGUUGAAUCACUUUCAGUACCCGGUGAUCGGAGUUCUGCAACAAGACUUCGUCUUCGAGCCCCAGGCCUGGCCAUCUAGGGACCAACUGCUAUCCCUUCUCCCAUCCGUCAAGUGGGAGUAUACUAUGGGGUUACCGUCGGAGUGGCAGAUACCUCAUGACAAAUAUGAUCUGCCAACCCUUUCCAUCUGCAUCAGAGCAACAGAGCAGAGUGCACUAGCUCGUGCUGAGAUAGAGUGGCAUGGAAAGGAGUUCUAUGUGGGUCAGAUGCAAGGGGGCAAGAAGCACGGGGCCGGUAUCAGCAUGAAAAGAAAUGGGAGCAAAUUCGUCGGGUCAUUUGUAAGCGGGAUGGCCCAUGGUGAAGGAGUGUUCUAUACCCGAGACGGGACGAUCUUUGCUGGAGAAUGGAAAUACGGGAAGCAGGAGGGAAAGGGUACGAUCUGGAGCCUGGAAACGAUGAAAGCUGCGAAGAGGAUACAAUCAAACUUCAGAGUUCAUUACUACAAGAAACAUUUGAGAGAAAUGCUAAAAUGACAGAAAAAGGUUUGAAAGCGCAGCAGCAUUUCGAACCAGACACAAAUAGAAGAACGACAUGCUGUUGCAAUAAUUAUUCGUGUGAUCCCUGCAUGUCUUGUCAACGUACAGGUAAACACUCGUCUUAGUCAGACUGACCUUCUGCUCACGAUCCGUUCCAUUCUUAUGAGUACCUGAACAAAUGACAACUCGUAAAUUG